CAAAUAUGAAAUGAUGCGCGAGCCCGGGGUAUGGGGUUAGGGUUAUGCCGACAUUAAUAUUAUUAUUUUCGCCAGUCCUUGCUUCAUGCCUCUCGACGGACACAGUUACCUGACCUCAUACGGAUGGUCAGGCAAAGGCACGGGCCUUCGCACGGGCGCGAUUGACAGGCCCCUCGCGAUCCCCCCAAAACGAAACCUCGCCGGCGUAGGCAAGGACCGCGACGAAGCGUUCCCCUUCUGGGAUCAUUUAUAUUCAGCUGCUACAAAAGCUAUUACAAUCAAAAUAGCGGAUGAUGAUGAUGAUGACGAGGACGAAGAUAAAAACGAGGAUUCGUCAGGGUCUACGACCCUCCAACUAAAACGAACCACGACGGGCAUCAUCUCAAAUAGAAGACCAUCGUCGGGUACACCUGCAUCCGGAACAUCUACCCCAGACUCAGACGCUUACCCACGCGCCUCUAUAAUUGCCAUUGCAAAACGUGAAGCUGCAAGGAAGGGCUUAUACUCUCGAUUUUUCCGCGGACCAAUAUUGGGACCUGAUGAUCCUAGUAAUCUGUCGUCAUCCUCCGCGUCGUCCCCCAUGCAUUCUGCCGAUCCUACCCCCGAAAGAGAUAUCGCUCCUCAGACUGUCGCCCCAAGCGAAAAGGAAAGUACAAAGCGGAAAUCAUCUGAGCUUCUCGAGACUCGAGAGCAGCGGAGAGAAAGAAACCGACUAAAAAGGGAGAAGAAGGAAAAGAAAGCAGCAAAAGCUGAGAAAGAAAAGAAUGCACUACGUAACCUUGAGUCCAAGGACGAUCGCAGGGCGCGCAAGGAAGCCAAAAGGGCUUUGAAGGCACUGGAGAAACAAUCAUCCGAUAACGCGGAACUUCGGAAACCACCAGGAGAUGUCGAUCAGUCUCGAUCAAUACAACAUGAGAGAACCGUAGAUCCUUCUCCUGAGGUUGACGCUGGGGACGACAUAGAUCUACAGAAGUCGAAGAAGAGGAAAAAGAGGAAAAAGAAGGAUUCAUAAUUCUCCAUCUCGUCUUGUCACCAAAUAUUAUCGCAUAUCUAUACCAUUACAUUGACAUUCGAGUAAUUCUCGAGUACAUUUAUCAAACGCACCCCGGUAAUGAUGGAUGAUACAAACCAAACUGCUACAUAGUGAUUGCGAUUUAUGUGCAACUAUUCUACAUGAUCCAUCAUCGUGAUAUAUUGACAAAACGGAAGCUAAUCACAAUCGUGCUGCAGAACAACAAAAAUCAAGAUGAAAUGAAUGUACGAGGGCAUCAACCUCGCGCGCUCCGCCAUGCGCUUUGCAUAGCAAUGCGCCGGGCCUGUGUUGCACAGUGAUCAACAUAAGAUCGGAGGGCAGUAAGCG